AUGGCUUGUGGCCCGGGCCAAGAAUGUUAUAUGGAGCCUGGCAGCACCUUUGCCAAACCAUUAUGUCGCUUGAAGUGUGGCCCGAACGAAGCGCUAAGUAUGUGUGAAGAUACCUGUGUAACAAAAGACAAGCCUAUACAACGACUAUGUUCAAAUGAAAACAUUUGUGCGUGUAAAGAGGGCUACGUGCGUGACAAACAGACUCGUCAAUGCAUUCCGUCAGAUCAGUGUAGCUCAACAACGACACGCAAGCCAACAGGCUCAACUGGAACGACUACACGGUUGACUGGAUCAACAGGAACCAGAACAACCGAAACAGGCACAACAACGGCACGCAAUGCUCGAACUUCCGGAACUCCAACAACUGCCACGCCGACAUGUUGCGAGAACGAGAUGCUGAAAAGAUGCAGUGGCUGUGAGGCGACGUGCGCUUUCCCGGCCGGGUGUCCGAAAUGCGUUCCGAAUUGUCAACAAGCGAAAUGCGAAUGCAAGCCGGGCUUCGUUCGGUGCCCGAUCAGUGGGCGAUGCAUUUGCGCGUCACUGUGUCCGAAGAACUCGUGCCCGCCGAAUGAGGAUUGGCACAGUUGUCCGACGUGUGAGGCCACUUGCACUAACUUGAAUCCGAUCUGCCCAAUGGUGUGCAAGACGCCGGCUUGUCAAUGUUGCAAGGGCUACGUUCGGUGCCCGAUUUCCGGUCGCUGUGUCACCCCGGCAUCAUGUCCCAAAAUCAACCCGUUAACCCACCCGAAAGUGCGAGUGGCGGCUCAAAUAAUGCCAAGAAUGGUUCAAGUCCAACAAUCAGUCUCCCAGAAGCAACCUGCUGCUCUAAAGAAACCUCUCCCGAAAUUCGUCGUUCAACGACAAGCCCCAGUUGGU